AUGGCCAAAAGCAGUAAUUCUGUUUUCAACCCAUGGAAUACUUUUUAUGAAACCUCAGAAGAGCAGGCUGCCAUAAAAGAAAGAGCGAAAAUAAGAGAUGCAAUGAAGGCUGAGUACAGGAAACGAUAUACAAAUCCAUUCAACCCCCCAAUCGGUCAUUUGCACGAUCCUGCAUUGCAACACCAAUUUUCAGCCCAAGUUUCGUAUGCAGAGUAUUUACGUCCAUCCCCAAAAUUGGGAUUAAUCGCCUUUGGAGUUUUAGGCGCAGCGGGUCUAGCAAUGGUAAUACGAGGAAGAUUAAAGAAACGCCGGUUACAACAAUAUGGUGGUGGCGAAUUGACUUAUCGAGAAAGAUGGGGAGGAAAUACAUGACAGUCAGAAAAAACUUGAGAAGAAUAUGGUUACUUCGUGCCCAUCACUUCCAAACAUUCAAUACUCAAUUGAUUUUUCAUAUAUUUGUUUGAAUAAUAUCAGACGUAAGAAAGAGACGUCUGCAUACUAUGAUGCUGUAUUUAUUAAUUUCUACAUGUGUACAUGUCAACGUAAUAUUUGGACUACAAAGCUAUUAACUUGGACAAUAACUAUCGUUAUGAAACUAGUGUUGGCUUGCUUCAAAAAUAUAUUGAUUUAUCACCUAA